CCCUGACUGACCGAACUCGCCUAAUGCAAGUUUUCUAACCUAAAAAAAAUUUAUAUCGUAAAUAAAAAUAAUAAAAUUGAGUUGGGAGUUGGGUCUAAAACGAUAAUUUUUAUGAGGCUAACGCAGAAAAAUUGUUAGUUGAGAAUGUUGAGAUUGAAAAUACUAUGGUUGAAUUAAAAGUUAAAUCAUAUCAUUUAUUUUGUUUUUAAUAACAAUGGAAGUGAAGCAAGAUUCUUUCGACCCUCACAAGCUCUUAUUUAAAAUCGAAGCAGAUCAUGUUUCCGUUCGACCGGAGGAAACUGAUUCGAAUUUUGAAAAAAUACGAAAGUUCAAUUUUGAACCACAAUCAACGGAAAAGUUUGCAAAUGCUUGCAAAAUUAAACAGGAAGUUAUCGAAUGUGAAGAACAUAAAAUUGAACAACUGUUAGAUUUUCCGGUAAAAAUUGAGGACAUCAGCGAUGUUCGCGACGUUUUAGGUACAGAUUUGUUGCUAGAUAAAAAUUCUAUAAAACAAGAAGAUAGUGAACACCUACAGCUUAAAAUUAAAAGUGAACUUUUGACGUCUUAUUGUGAUUUACCGACUUUAAAAGACGAAAGUACUGUUUAUCCGGAUGAUUUCGAACAGCCCUGUAGUAGUAAACAAUUCGAAAGGAUAUCGAAUUCCUUAAGAACUGUUCACAAUAAAAAGAAAAGACAUUACACAUGUCCUAUUUGCCUAAAAAGUUUUCAAUGUUCAAAAUCCAAACUGAACCAUAUCGUCGGACAUUUUGGAAAACGCUCCGCAAAUGAUCGGUCGCGAUUGGGAAAAGAAAAACAGCCCAGUGGCAGCUUUGGAAAAUACUAUGAGGAUUGCUUCUAUUGCGGACGAUUUUUUCUCAAUGGGUUGCAAUUUUUAGAACAUUUCAUUAUUCGUCAUUAUAUAAAAAAUCUACAAACCAAAUCACCAUUGAAAUGCUUAAAAAAGUUCGCAAUAAACGAUUACAAGAAAAUGCAUACAGCAGAAAAAAUAUUUAAAAGUAAAAUUUAUUUUAAAAACUUUAAUUAUGAAAAUUAUUUAAUUCGUCAUGCCACCAGUAAACCGUUUAAGUGUGAAAUAUGUUUAAAACAUUUUAACCAGAAAUCCUCUUUAAAUUUACAUCUAAAAAUUCACACUGGUGAAAAACCGUUUCAGUGUGAAAUAUGUGCGAAACAGCUUAGGCAGAAAUCCCAUUUAAUUGAACACCUAAAAAUUCACACUGGAGAAAAAAAUUUCAAGUGUGAAAUAUGUUCGAAACAUUUUAUCAAUAAAUCUAAUUUGAAAACACACUUAAUAAUUCACACUGUAGAAAAAACAUUUAAGUGCACAAUAUGCUCGAAACAGUUUAGGCAUAAAAACACUUUGAAUAGUCACUUAAUGACUCACACUGGUGAAAAACCGUUCAAUUGCGAAAUAUGUUCGACACAGUUUAGGCAUAAAUCCCAUUGCGAAAACCACUUAAAAAUGCACACUGGAGAAAGACCGUUCCAAUGUGAAAUAUGUUCGAAACAGUUUAGGCAGAAAUCCCAUUUAAAUGUCCACCAAAAAAUUCAUACUGGAGAAAAACCGUUUAAGUGUGCAAUAUGUUCGAGACAGUUUACCAGUAAACCUAAUUUGAAAAAGCACUUAAUAAUUCACAAUUUAAUCGUUCAUAAUGUAGAAAAAUCGUUAAAGUGUACAAUAUGUUCAAAACAGUUUGGGCAUAAACACACUUUAAACAGUCACUUAAUGACGCACACAGGAGAAAAACCGUUCAAAUGUGAAAUAUGUUCGAAACAAUUUAACCAGAAAUCCUAUUUAAAUCUACACCUAAAAAUUCACACUGAAGAAAAAAAGUUCAGGUGUGAAAUAUGUUCGAAACACCUUUGGAAGAAAUAUCAUUUAAUUGAACACUUAAAAAUUCACACUGGAGAAAAAAUGUUUAAGUGUGAAAUAUGUUCGAAACAAUUUAUCAAUAAAUCUAAUUUGAAAACACACUCAAUAAUUCACACUGGAGAAAAAACGUUCAAGUGUACAAUAUGUUUGAAACAGUUUAGGCAUAAAAACACUUUAAAUGGUCACUUUAUGACUCACACUGGCGAGAAACCAUUCAAGUGUGAAAUAUGUUCAAAACAGUUUAGACAUAAACUUCAUUUAAAUGUACACCUAUCAGUUCAUACGGGAGAAAGACCUUUCAAGUGUGAAAUAUGUUCGAAAAACUUUACCCAGAGAUCCCAUUUAAAUGAACACCUAAAAAUUCACACUAAAACGAAACCGUUCAAGUGUGCAAUAUGUUCGAAACAGUUUGGUCAGCAAUCAGUUUUGAAAACUCACUUAAGAAUUCACAAUGGAGAAAAACCAUUUACAUGUACAAUAUGUCCGAAACUGUUUAGACAUAGAAGCUCUUUAAAUGGUCACUUAAUGACUCACACUGUAGAAAAUCAGGAUUGAGUUAAAACACUGCAGCAAAUUAACAAUCUAGAAAUUUGGAACUACAUAGAUAUAUUUUAGAAUCAUUGAAAGUUAGUAAAAGUUGACAGUUCCUUAUAAACAUAAUUUGACAAAUAUUUUUUUAUUUGAAUAAUUUUACAUCACUGACAAAUAGAAUAAUAAUUAAUUAACAAUUAAGAUAAAUACUUAAUAUAAAUACUGAGAAUAAUCCUAUAUGUCAGAUUUAACAAUUCAGUUAUAACUAGCAAACAAACAAACAAAGAAAAUCUCAAAUAAGGCCAUUAAAGAGCUUGUCUAUGAGAAUAUAUAGUAUUGUUCUAUUAUUUACUUACGAAUUAAUUAAAUUGUUUAGUUGGCCUGAUUUUAUAUAAGUAUAUAUUUUCUUAGCAAAUAAAAAAGAAAAAAAUCAUAAAGAAUAGAAAGGAACAAGUACAUUAAGACGAAUCAAUAAUGUAAAAAAUAAUUUUAUUUUCAAAAUUUUUUUUUAAUAUGAUUUUCAGAUAAGAUGGCAACAUAUUUUGUAUUUUGUUAUAUAGCUAAAAUGUUUUUGUCCAAUUGAUAUCAAGUGUAAAAUAAGCUCGAAACAGUUUAUAUUGCAGUCAUUUAAGCUAAAAUAAGACUCGAUCUGCGGAAUGGGAGAUAGCCAGCUGAAUUUUUCCGAAGACCUUCGUUUUGGGGUUCUAAUAAAGCACCAAAGUCUCACAUAUGCCUACCUUUGUGCUACCCGAGAUAUUGAAGGUCACGAAAAUCAUUUUUUCAUUUCCGAUACGACUGCAUGACGUCUGUAGAGGUUAUUAUAUUACAAAUCUUGCGUAAAAGAGUCUUUUCUACAAGUUUGGUCAUGUACAUUUUUUCGUAGGGCCAACAGUUUUCGAGGUAUAGCGUGAGAGUGGGGAGUUAGCAUUUUUUUAAUAGAUAAUACUACUUAUAUAUACUGCGGAGCAACUAGUAUAAUGCGUUUAUCUUAAUCAAUUAUUAUUCGAAAUUAUAUUUCCUUCAAUAAUUAAGUUAAAAAUCUGUUUAUUUGAAUAUUGAACAACUGCCCUGUUAACAUCGCUACAAAACAAGCUAAAGAUAAUGCGGACGGUCUAAUCAUAGAAACAGCCAUGAAGUAUCGGAAACAAGAAAGGACCACCGUCAUCUUUUGAGAAGACAUUGAUCUGUUUGUUCCUCUAUUAGAACAAAAUCAAUUACACAAGCGACAAAUUUUCUUAAAGAAAAUUGGCAAGGGUGCUACACAAACACGAAUGUGUUCAUCUGAAAGUUGUAAAACAUAUCCUUUUUGCAAAAAACAUAUUUUGUUUUUUAUGCUUUCACGGGAUGCGAUACUCUACGUCUUCGCUGUGCAACAAAGGGAAGCUUCAAGUCAUUUUUUUUUUUCAUUUUAUGGCCUAGCUGUAUAUACCUAAUAUGCCAGUCUCAAGUUUGUGUUUUUAAAUUCUCAAUCAUGUCUGUUCUGUGUAGACUUUGUUACUGUUUCCCAGCGCCACUUCAGGAACAGUACUGUUAAUUAGAACCCAACAGUGAAUGGUCGAGUGAGGAAUCCUACCAUGGCAUCAGAAUUAAUUUUAAAUAAUUAAAUGAAAUAAAAAAAUUCCGGCUAACGGUGGGAUUCGAACCUGGGAUCCUUGGAUCCGCAGGCAGAGACUCUACCAUUGAGCCACCCACCCCCUUCAAGUUAUGAAAAUGUUUAAGAAACAUUCCAGCCCAGGAAAACUGCCAGCCAGAUAUAUUAUUUGAAAGCGGAAUACGUUUCAUUUUAGCUUUGUAUAAUGCUCCAAAAGAGAAAGUAAGCAUUGACCAAUUCAGAUACUCAAACUUAAUAAAAUCAAUAAAGCUCAAUAGGGACCUUAAAUUGUCAUCUCUUUCACCUACCAGUGCAGUAGUUGGCUAGGAAAAUAUUUUUUACCAGAAGGUACUACGAGAUGAUAGAGCCUAAAUCAACGCUAUUAAACCUAUACCAGAUGAACUAUUAAAUACAAUCUUCUGUAAUUGCAAAAAAAGUUGUAGUGCAAAGUGUGAAUAUACCGUGCUCCAAAGUUUAUGGUCAAUGUAAAGGACAGGCAAGCUUGAAUUCAUCAGAAUUUGACAACAUUGAUGACUUAAGUGAGAAUGAGCCUGAACAGAUUUUACAACUUGACACUCCAGUAGGUGAUGAAGAUAUCAUUUGACAGAACAACUUGAGAACUUGAAGGAGAAGACGAUGACGAAAAAGAGAAAACAUAAUGCUUUAUGCAGGAGUGUUGUUCACCAGAAGCUUGUGCUAAAAUCGACAACAUAGAUUAGGCCUACUGGCGUUGCAUUCAACUUCAAAAGUGGUUUGGACAAAUAGAAAAUCACAUUAAUUUAGUCCCAACGACUUGUAGCGUGUUUAUAUUGCUUGUUAAAGUUAUUUAGUUUUUAAGAAAGUUAGUUAUUUUGUGGUGCAUUGUGUUUUGAUUAUCUUGUGCUGAUUUAGAAUUGUAAAUAAGGACCAAAACAACAUUAUUACUAGGUUGUAAGUUCACUUACCAAAUUCCAUUUUUAAAUAGUCAAC